CGCGAGAGACCCAUCGGAGAUUAUAUUAUGUCUUUUAUUCCAAUUUCGACUGGCUUUAUGAAAGCUCGGGAAGCUUUUGGCGAUUUUUAAACGCACGCGAACCGCGCGAAAAAAGCUCACCUGUUUUUCGUUUCAAUGAAAAUCCGGAAAAAUGUAGUGGGACACUUUGAAAAAUCAACUCAUUUCUACUCGAAAUGAUUGAAAUAAGACUUUUUUUAUAAAUUUUAAGUGUAUUGGUGUAAAACAAAAAGUCGGGAUAUUUUUCUAGAAAAAUUUUGGCAGCGAUCACAGUUUUACGGUAACAAAAACCUCACAGGAAGCGGAAACAUGCUUCAAAGAAUUGAAAAGAGCAUUGGUCAGCGGAAAUUCGGUUGCUGAAGAAAUGUGGUGGUUGACCCUUUCCCUGAUAUGGUGGUGCGGUACCGCUGCAAUUCCAUCUCCAAGACCUCAACCCUUAUUGCCGUACCAGCAGGAACAAUGGAAAUGUCCAGAAAUAGCUCAGCAACCCGUGGUCGAGUGCAGUUGCGAUAUGCCUCACACUUUAAGGUGUACCGGAGACAAAACUGCUAUGCAAAUUAUAGCUCGUAAACUUCGAUCAAUGAGAGCAGCUUCAAUAUCCCUUCUAGACUGUACAGUACAAAACGUUUCCGUAGUUUCUGGACCACUUCUGGAAGGUAUUUCCCUUCAUGGACUAGUCAUUUCGUCUGGACAAAUCAAGGAAGUUGAUCCAGUCGCAUUUGAAGGAUUAUCAUCUCCAUUGCAAGCUUUAGGAUUACCCAACAAUCAACUGCUAUCAGUACCGACGCUGGCUUUAAAUAGCUUACCAGAAUUAGAUAGACUGGAUUUGUCUGGAAAUCAAAUGAAGAUGCUCGAUGGAGGCUCUUUUAAGGGCCUAAAAAAUCUCUCCUUUAUCGACCUGAGCAACAACCUCAUAGCCAAGCUGGCUCCAAACACAUUCGAUAAUUUACCUCAACUUAAAAUCCUAAGACUACGAGGAAACCGACUUACCCUGGCUGCCAUCAAUAGACUCAACUCGUUACCAACAACAGAAGAUUUAGACAUUUCGGAAAACCAACUGGUAGGCCCUUUGGGUCCGAAAUCUUUCCCUAAAAUGGAAUCGCUGAAAGACCUGCAAUUAUCACAUAACUCGCUAAGUAGUGUGAAAAUGGGUGCUUUGCAAGGCUUAAUGAACUUAACAACCUUAAGGCUACAACACAAUCUAAUCGAUGUAAUAGAAGAUCACGCUUUUAUACAUUUAACCACUUUGGUUACUUUGGAUUUGGCUCACAAUAGAAUCGUAGCUGUAUCUGGAGCUUCUUUAGCCCACUUGAGUUACUUAACCGAACUGGAUUUGAGGCAUAAUUUCUUGAGAGCUUUAACGGCUGAUUUAAUUUUGCCUUUGAAAUAUUUAAAAGUCCUCAAAUUGGAUGAGAACGAUAUUUCGAUUAUAGCUAGUGACGCUUUAAAGCCCAAUACAGUCUUGAAACAUUUGACUUUAUUGGAGAAUCCUUUAAAUUGCGACUGCAGCCUGAUCGAUUUUAGUAUGUGGCUAACUAACUCUUCGAUACAAGCCGAAGAUAAGGCUACAGCUAUUUGCGCAACACCACCAUCACUGGAAAAUGGUUUGUUAAUGGAAAUUCCAACAGAAUCACUAUUGUGUGGCGAAGAUGAACAAGAAUCUAUUAUGGCACCCUUAUCAACACCUUAUAAAGCCAAAGUAAGCCUAAAAGAUUUAAAAUACGACGGUAAAGCUAUUAAUUUAAGCUGGAACGUUGAAGAAGAAGCUACUCCUUAUACUUGUGACGCUAUAUUUAUUUACGAAGAAGAAGGCCUCAAUGAAAUCUUACUAGAAUCUUACCCAAUUAAAUGUAAUUCUAGCGAUAUGAUGAAUAGUAAAGAAUUACAAGUAACAGUCCCAACUUCUUUGCAGCUACAACACAAAUAUCGCUACUGUGUAGCUUUGUUUGGCUCAGAGAAAUCAGACGAUGUCUCAUUGAUUCUAGGUUGUUCCGAUAUGAUACCUUUAAUACAAAACCCAGUUAUAACUAAUCACAACUUUAUGGCACAAAUGCCCAAAGUUGUUUCGAUACAAGCUAAUCUUUCUAGUUCAGGUAGUUUAUCCUUGGAGGCAGCAGUGUAUCCAGAUUCACUAAAAUGCGACUUAAACAUAGCCAUAUUGGAUCAAAGCACAUUGAUAUCGCAAAGAAAAUUAGCCUGCGAAGAUCCAAAAUAUACUUUUGUUGAUUUGAAUCAAGGCCCUUAUAGGGUUUGCGCCAACGUCGUCCAACCAGGCCCAGCAAUAGAUUUACCCAAACCGAAAUGCGUUACCGUUUUCAAAAAAGAGUAUCACAGAUUCACUGGUUUGGAUGUGGCGUUUGUAACUAUUUUUUCGGUUUUGUGUUUUAUGGUUAUAGGCCUUAUUUGGGGCGUGAGAAAAAUGCUUUUGAAACCGAAAUUGCAGACGCAUCAGUGUUUUUUGCCGCCGGAGUGUGACGAGAAUGUUCAGCACAAUCGGUACGUGAAGCUGCAGGCUACGACAAAAUUAUAACUAAUGUAGGAGUAGGUUUUUUUUUCUAGUGCCAUACUUGUUUUGUUUUAUUUUUUUUGAAGUGCAAAUAUUUUAGAUACAAAUUUUUUGGGACUAAAAAAAAACUUAUUAACUGUUUACUAAUAAUAAUUAGGUUUAAUUUUUUAGUGGAUAUUUAUGCUGUAUAUAGUUUUAGUGUCAGUUUUUAUUAAGCCUUAUUUGGUUGUUUUUUUUUAUUUGGAAAAUUUUUAUUAUAAAUUAACAGAACUGAUUAACUUUAGUUUGUAUAUUGUAGAUACUUUUGAUAUUAUUUAUACUAAUGCUUUGUUUUUAUGUUGUUAAAAUAUUUUGUUGUUAGUUUUACCGCCUCUUUUGUAAAAAUAAAUUUGUCUCUUGCCAAUAA